AUCCUGGUUCCUCUGCCACCAGCCACCUCCACCAGGCCACCUAAAUUCAACCGCAAGAAGGUCACAGUCAUAUACCUGAGGUGCACCCUUAGGGAAGUCCGUACCACAUUGGCCCUGGCCCCCAAAAUUGGCCCCCUGGGCCGAUCUGUCUCCAAAGUUGGUGAUGACAACAAGGCAACCUGUAAUUGGAAGGGUCUAAGGAUUACAGGGAAGCUGAACAUUCAGAACAGAUUGGCCCAGAUUGAAGUAGUACCUUCUGCCUCUGCCCUGAUGAUCAGAGCCCUCAAGGAACCACCAAGAGACAGAAAGAAGCAGAAAAACAUUAAGCACAGUGGAAAUAUCACUUUUGAUGAGAUUGUCAACAUUGCCCUACAGAUGCAGCACCAAUCUUCAGCCAGAGAACUCUCUGGAACCGUUAAGGAGAUCCUGGGGACUGCCCAGUCUGUGGACUGCAAUGUUGCUGGCCACCAUCCUCACAACAUCAUAGAUGACAUAAAUAGUGGCAUAGUGGAAUGCCCACAGCUCCUUAAGAACUGCAGAGGAAAAUAUUUCAAUAAAGGAUCAUCUGACAACCAAAACAAAACUUGUGAAGCUCUAAGGACUCUUAGAGUGCUCAAUACAGACAUUAAUUCUCUUGGCAAGAAUGUUGCCUUUAACCUGUUUGUUUACAACAAUGCCAACAGCAUGCUGGGUAACACUGCAGACUUCCAGUUUUGCCAUAGGAACAUUUGUGGGACAUUCCUUUUUGAAUAG